GCCACAGAAAUAAAUAAAUAAAUAGAAGCCAGCCUGAAGAGCCGGAGGUUUGAGAGAACCCUGGGCAAGCGCAGUGCGCCCGCUAGGAAGGUAGCGCCUUACUUAGUAUGAGCGGCGGAGGGACCGAGACCCCUUCGGGGGGCGAAGCCGCCCCCACUCCCGCUUCCGUCCCGGUGGGAGGCAAGAAACGAGACUCGCAGGGACCAGCGAGCUCGCCAGUUCACGUCAUUAUCAAGGAUCUGGGAGAGAUUCAUUCUAGACUAUUAGAUCAUCGACCAAUUAUUCAAGGAGAAACACGUUACUUUGUGAAAGAAUUUGAAGAAAAACGGGGCCUCCGAGAAGUAAGAGUUCUUGAGAAUUUGAAGAAUGUAAUCCAAGAGACAAGUGAACAGAUUCUUCCUAAAUGUAGAGAAACAAUGCAGGACCACCUGAGCCAGGCUCUUCAGAGAUUGCAAGCAGCCAGCCAUUUAGUCCAUAAACUUCAGCAGAAGGAGGAGGAACAAAGAAAGCUUAAUAAUCAACACUUAUUGAUUAGUGAAAAACAGCGCGUAACCCAAUGGGAAGAUUUCAUGAAAGAGCAACACAACAAGCAGGCUGCAGUGGAUGAAGAGCACAAAAAAGCCACAGAACGUCUUAAAGAACAAUAUGCCGAGAUGGAGAAAGAUCUAGCUAAAUUUUCAUCAUUUUAGAACUUGAAUAACAACAACACAACAAUACAAAAACUUUUCUCUCCACUGUGCCAAAAAAAAAAAUCACCAGACUUACUUGUUCUGUGUUACAAACUUAGCAAUAUGUUUUGGUGGUAAUGCUAUAUCAAAGAGUUGGUAAUAAAGAUAAAAACUUUUGGUAGAGUUCAGAUUUAAUGUUCAUUAUAAAAAGAAGAGUCCUAUAUGCCUCUGACUUUAAGUGCCUCUGUAUAAUUAUUUAGGUGGGGGAGUAGGAGGAAAAAUGGAAUUAAUUGAUCCUUAGACCAUCAGAAUUUUCAGUCUAUCCAUGCCCACUGAAUAGAUAAGAAAAUGGCAAAUGUAGCAGAAUUCUCAGGCUAUGAAGAUAAUCUAAUCCAUUCUCAUACAUGAGAGUUCAGGUUGGAUUAUUAUACUUGUUUAGACAAUGUAUACAACUAAUCACCAGUCAUCCCCAGACUGUAGGAGGGGAAUGCAUAUUGUUCUUAUGUGAGUAAUGUUCACAAACUACUAGCCUUGAAACAGCUUGGAGUAAAGAGUUGAAAAUCAAAAUAGUUUCAGCAACAACAAUGUCUUUGUUGAACAAUAAACUGCUUACUUUAGGAUAUUGGUGUGAACAGUGCAAUCACAUCAUGACCACAUAUUCCAGUGGACUAAGACAGCAAGAUUCUGUCUUACAAAGACUAGUGGCCUUUUACCAUGUAAGAUUUUGAACUUUCAAAAUUUGUUUAAGGAGAAGCUUACCAAAAAUCUGGGUUAUGCUUUUUAUCCUUUUCAAGAACCAUAGUCUUACCCAUAGUAUUUAUACCUCAUUAUAUGUCUGUUUUGCGGGGGAUCAAGGAUCAGGCUUUUUAGGUUAAACAGUAUGCACACAUUUUAGAGCUACUUGAGUAAUCAGUCUCUCUGGGACUUAUAUGUAUUCUGGCUCUGGAAGAACCAAAAAUGUUGGCUCAUAUGGCAGAAAGGCCAUGUUAGAUAUCAAGACUUUUUAGUGAUAAUGUGUGUUCUUAUAAGCAAAUGUAUUAUGGUGUAAAAUGUAACAAUGCUGUCAUCACUGUGAUCUUUAAAAUAUGCAUUUAACAAUCUUACCUGGAGAUGGUAAGUUGUAUUUCUUUAGUCUUUGUAAAUCAAGAAGAAAUCAAAUGCAAUAAUAACAGGAGCAUAUUUUUUGCAAAUGAAUCCUAAAGCAUGGAUAAAUAUUUCAAAUUAUAUUAUAACUGCUAUGCAGUGAAGAAGGGAACAAGAAAAAAAAAAUCCAGCUCUUGUUAUCUCGGUGUUGUGACUACAUAAAAUCGACAAUGGUUGCCUGUGUAAAUUUAUGGCUUAGUGUCAAAGCUCCGUUCUUGGCAGCAUGUUGAAAAUGUGAUUAAAGUUAGUAGAGGAGACAGAAUAAGUAUUUGAGAUUUCUUUCAAUAACACUGAACUUCAGCCAACUUUCUCUGUCUGCUACCGUAAGCCUGACAGGUUCAUCAAUCAUCCUGUGGUACAUGGAGUAAAAAGAGUCCUUGCCGACAGUAAGGCAUGUUGGAAUUUUGUUAAUUCUCUUUAGUGGAUGGAAAAAAAAAAACAUAGCUCUAAAAUAUCCCACACAUGAGAAGUAAGGAAAGCCUUAAAUAAAAAUCCCUUUUUGAAUGGAAGGUGAUUUCUGAAAUGUCUUUAUGUGUAAGCACAUCCAACGAUGAAUGGGUGCUGUAAAUAAAAAAUUAGGUCUAUGUGCUUCAUCAAGAAUAUAUUCAAAAAGAUUACUGCCUGACUGGAGUCCAAUUUUUCUGUUUGCUUGUGUUCAAGCUCAGUUGAAAUGAGCUUACUUUACCUUAUACAAGCUCCAGAAGAACUUCCAAUCUAAAAUAAUUUGAAAAGAAUUAUUAACAUUCAGGAUUAAAAAUGGAAAAUGUAUUCUUUGUAACAACUCCUAAUAGUGUCUCUUUUUCACUAAAGUUCAAUGCUGGACGAUGAUUCCCUAGUAGAGGACACUAUCCAUUCUAUUACCCAGAAUGACCAAAUCACUUUUGGUCUAUACUAUAGACAAGUAUCAGGAUAACAACAAUAAAAAGUUCCACUAAUUUGUUUCUGAUUUGUCAAAAAAAAGACACAAGUUACUAUAUAAAAACAUAAUUUUUGAUUUAUUUUCUGUAGUAAACAAAAUUAAGAUUUAAUAAAAUCUACUGAAGAAUUACCUUUUCAGUCUUAAAACAUAACUGUGCUAUACUACUAACCAUAUACAUAUAUAUAUAUAUGUGUAUAUCAAAGGCUUCACUAAAUAAUAAUGCCUUCUUGUCAUUGAUAAUGCCUUAUAUAGUAUAUAAACAGACUGUUUCUAGUUUUAUUACUAUUUGUAAGCAAGUGAAGAGGAAGCAGAACAGGGCAGCAUUGUAUUCUUCCCCCCCAUAUGCUUUACAAUUUUGGAUUCUUUCCAGGUUCUUUGGAUUAUCAUUGUGGUUUGUGGAAAUGUCACUUCCAAAUAAUAUGAAUCAAAGAUCAUAGAAUUAGGACUAGAGGAGACCUUAGAGACUAUUUAGUGCAACUGCAUCAUUUGCAGAUGAGGAAACUGAGACCAGAAAGACUAAGUGACAUAUACAACUAAUAAAUGACAGAGGCAGGAUUUAAUAUGAAUAUAUAAUUUCUAUAUUGGUAGUUAUAAACUAUAAAGUGCUGUGAAACACUUGGGUAUCAUAAGUACCAAAGGGAAUUUUCGCUUUUGUUUCUACAAGGACACUAAUUUUGCAUGUAAGAAAAUCUCCAUCUACCCACUGAAGCAUUUUAAGAGUGUUUGAGCUUGUGCCACUAAUAUUGCCCUAGACACUUGGGGCCUGGGCUGUUUAUUUUUGUCUCAAGAGGAAAGGUGCAAGUAAAAUAUUUUAAAAUGAAUUAAAAUAGUCUUCAGUCAAAAAAUUUUGAGACCCUUAUAAUGGAUAUUUAUCUGAUGCUUUGCUGAGGUCUUCAGAAGAACUUUGCAAACAUGUCAUAAUUUUUCAACAACAUUAUUAUGAGUUGAAGCAUGUAGCAAGUAUUAUUCCCAUUGUAAAAAUGUAAUCACUGAACUACUGAAUAGUUGUAACCCAAGGCUAUAAAUGUGUCAUUGCUCAAUUAGGAAAUAGAAGCUGGAUUCAUUAAUAUACUUCCACUGUAUAUAUUCCUUAAAAAAUACCAUGCUAUUUUUAAUGAUAGAACUAGCACCAUCAGCAAAACUAUAUACAUCUUUGCAUAGAUUAAACUGUUCACUUUAUAAGGGAAGAUCCUUUAAAACUAUUCCAAAGACACCAAGUGUUAAGUUUGUGUUCCAUAAGUAAUGGAAAAAUAUAUAUAGAUUUUAUAAGGUGACACAUUUCUAUCAAAAAUAAAAUUGUCAUGUUCUUUCAAAUUGAUCUGUAAAGCUGUGUUUUCUCAUCUUGCCCCACUCCUGCCAAAAAUGGAUUUUAGGUUUUGAAGGAAUAGGAAAGGCCUCUUCCUUUCUGUGCUAUUCAUGUUUUACUGUCCAAAAAAAUGGUUCUGAAAAAGUAAGCCUGACCAUAGAAAAAGGCUUUGCAGUUCUUCUUGAAAAUACAUUUAGCUAAUGUGCAUUUAUCUUAAUUUUAAACUUGGUAUUUUCCAUUCAACUUUUGGAAAGGUUUUCACAAAAGAGCUAUGCAUGCAAUGAGUAUUCAGUAAAUGUUUUGGAUGAUGAUGAUGAAAGAAAACUAAUCAUUAGUAAGUCAUAGACCUAUUGAUAAAAGCAAAUUAAUUCCAAGUUAGUUUAUCUCUAAAGAUAGGGUAAAAGCAUAGUUGUCUAAGUCAUAAACUUUAGCAUAUUAAGGUGAGUAAAUAUAAAAAAUUAAAGUCCUUCCUAUUUAGUUCUUUUUUGGAAAGAGCAAAAUGGGUAGGAAAGAGGGAAACAUCAUACACUAAUUUAGUAAAUUAUUAAGGAACCACAAGUAUGUGUGUCAAAUAAUGCUUCAAAUUCUGAGUGAAUAUUAUUGAAAUUGCAUAGUGAAAAUUUAUCAAAGCAGAGUGUUCUUUUUCCAGUUACAUAAUUUUUUCAUUUACAGAAGCUUUCUCAGACUAUAACACAGAGAAAGGUAGUGUCUGAAAUUCAACUAUUAUGAAGUAAUCUGGGCUUUAAAAAUAAUUUAAUACAUUUUUUAAAGUGGAAAAUAGUGUGGGGUACAUGUUUUCCACCAUCUCUCCUCAAAAUAAGUGAGCAUAUUUGCUCUUAAGUUUUCCAGGAAAAUUUCACCUUUAAGUUGAGACCAGACUUGGAAAAUUUCAGCCCCCAAGGCAGAUGUUUCAACAGUUCUGAGUGAUAGGUGUGGCUCUGAGAGAGUUUCAUAUAUGCUGUUAGCUAGAUGGGAUACUAUGUUGAAAAAUGUAGGAUUACAAAAUUUUCAAUUAUGGUAGUUCCUGUUUAUUUUCAUGGCAUUAGCUAUACUUGUUAGAGUAGUGCAUAGAAUGACAUAUGUUCUGUCUUUUUUCUUGGAUUCAGUGUAGUUAUUUUCCUUGGAAAAAAACCAAACAGGUAAUUAAGUACUUAUCUAACAUAAAAUGCCAAUUUAACUAUUUGUCAGAGAUGUAUUGGAAAAAUACUUUUUUUCAGGAAGUACCUCUGUAAAAAUUCUGCCAAAAGAUCAUUGUUACAAAGGAGAAAAAAGUUUCCUCUGUUGUCUACCAUAUGUUUAAUCAAAUAAUUUACAAAUAAAUAAUGUAAUU